AUGGCCGGCUUCAACGAUGCGCCCUUCAUCAGGGGCCUAGCCGUGCCCUCCGUCUGUACCCUGAUAACCUUUCUCGGCUACUUUUCCCAGCUCGUCUUCUCCUACUCGACACUCGACCCGGGCCCGCCCUCACGCUCCGAGACGAUCCUCUUCAACGGCCUCCUCCUCGUCCUCUGGAUAACAUACUACCGCGCCGUCACCGUCGACCCGGGCCGUUACGUCUUCAAGGACCGCGUUAUCGACGCAGAUGGACAGCGCUGGUGCAACAAGUGCUCGGCGCCUAAGCCGCCGAGGUCUCACCACUGCCGCCAUUGUGCGAGGUGCGUGCCAAAGAUGGAUCAUCAUUGCCCGUGGACGCGUAACUGCGUGUCCAUGACAACGUUUCCGCACUUCUUGCGCUUCCUCAUCUACACGAACCUGUCGCUCUGGAUGCUCGCAUACCUCCUGUGGCAGCGCUUCGCCGUCCUUUGGGAACAGCGCCUCAUGCCUGCAUACCUGGGUCCCAGCCUCCUUGGCCUUAUAUCGCUCUCCCUGAUCACGCUUAUCGACUUCUUCACCACUGUAGCGCUCGGUAUCAUGCUCAUCAACACGGUCAGAGCUUGGAUCUUCAACCAGACCAUGAUCGAGGGCUGGGAACAGGAGCGUCAUGAGGCCCUCAUUGACAGGGGCGUCAAGGACUGGUGGGACGUUACGGGGCCCGAUGGUGAAAAGGUCCGCUUCGAGAAGCUCGAGUUCCCAUAUGACAUUGGCUUCUUCGCAAACAUGUCCCAGGCCAUGGGCACCCGUAACGUCCUCUGGUGGUUCUGGCCCCUCGCGGGGAACCCCGUCAUUGCAAAGGACGGCCGCGGGUCCGGCUGGACAUGGGAGGAGAACGGCUUCAACCGUGUCGAGGGUCUCUGGCCGCCGCCUGACCCGGAUAAGAUUCGCCGAGCAGGGCGGGGUUGGCCGGCCGCGAACCGCAACUACGCCGAGGAGCUCCGCCAGGCGAAUCUGAACCCGGAGGAGUUCAAGGCCGAGUUUCAGCGACGACAGGAUGAGGAUUCGAGGAGACGCAGGAGGCAGCUCAUGGCCGAGCUGGAAGAGGUGGACGACUUUGACAUGUACGACGAUGAAGAGUAUGACCACGGCUUCGACGGGGGCAUGGGCUGGACAAACUCAGACGGAGACCGUUUACGAGACUAUGGAGUUGAUGAGGAAGAGUCAGAGCCCGAGUUUGAGGACGAGGAUGUCCCACUCGCAGAGCUCAUACGAAGAAGAAAAGUCCUACAAAAGGACAACUACGACGAUUAA